AAUGGACAAGAGACAGAGUGGGAGGCAGAGCGAGUGUGUGUGUGGGAGUGUGUGUGGGGGGGAAUUCAUCAGUGAAGUGAUUUCGACAGAAAGGACGCUUACCGGAGCAGCGCGCGAGACACCGAGUUAACUGGAGCAGCGCGCAGUGUUUGAUCUUUAAACAUCAAAGAAAUCAAUCAAACUCGGGGAGAGAAGAUUAAAGUGAUUCAUAAGAACAGGACCUUUUUGUCACUUAGAAGAUGUUGGAGAUCUUUUUAUUGAUGCUGUGUGGACUGACGAGCCGUGUCCUGACCAAAGAUGCAGAAAAUAAAGGAAGGUUCAACUCUCCAGUGCUGGAUGUAACUCAACGACAGAUCGUCCUGGAGAAGAACCAGACGCUGCAGCUGAACUGCAGGGGGCGAUGGGAGCUGGAGUGGGUGUUCCCCUCGAAUGCGAACAAGAGCCACCCGAGUGUCCGUGUCGAACAUAAUCUUUGUGGCAGGCGGACGAACCACUACUGCAGCCGCCUUAUCCUCAGCCCUGUGUUAGCCAAGCAUACAGGCUCCUACCGCUGUCGCUAUGCCGACAAGCAUCACAAAAACACCUCUGUCUACGUCUUCAUCCCAGAUAGCCAGCAGCCAUUUGUAAAGGUGCAGAAAGAGAGCCCAGACGUGGUCUACAUGAGGGAAGGACAAGACUUGGUGUUCCCCUGCAGGGUCACUGACCCUGACACUAAAGUCUCGUUAAUCAAGUUUCCUGACCGAAGACUUGGCACUGAUCACAGGAACAUCAUUUGGAACAACAGAAAGGGCUUUGUUGUCCGAAGUCCCACGUACUUCUAUAUUGGCCUUUUUUUCUGUGAAACCACCAUCGGUGGGAUAACGUACACCAACAAGUUCUUGACUUACAGACCAGUGAACAAGAUCCAAAAGGUGUAUCUGAACAGCACUGGCCUGGAACAGGCUCUCCAAGGAGAGCGUCUGGCUUUGAACUGCACUGUUACUGCUGAGUGGAACUCCAGAGUAAACAUCGACUGGAAUUACCCUGGAAAGGCAAAUAAUGGGGUCUCGAUCACUCGUCGUAUAACGCAGAGCAGGACCAACGUGGUGUUCUACAGCAUUCUCACUGUCCCCAAACUGCAAAAGGCUGAUAAAGGAGUCUACACGUGCCUUGUGACAAGUGGCCCAGCAAAACGGGAAGUCAACACCUCCGUUAUAGUCCAUGAUCAGCCUUUCAUCAGGUUAAAGCGUAAAGGCAGUCCACUGGUACAGGUGUACGCAGGACAGAAAUCCUUUCGCCUGUCCCCCAAAUUACAGGCUUUCCCUGAACCUGAAGUCAUCUGGCUGAAAGAUGGGAGGGUAGCGGCUGAGCAGUGUUCACGUUACCAUGUGGACGGCUAUUCGCUGGUGAUUCGGGACGUUGCCAAGGAGGAUGCAGGGGUUUAUACGAUCCUCACACGAAUCCAGCAGUUUGGUCUUCAUAAGAACCUCACGCUCCCACUUCUGGUCAAAGUUAAGCCUCAGAUAGGGGAGAAAGCUGUAGCAGGACGGGACACAGUGACCAUGCCACGGUACAGCAGGCAAGUCUUCCGCUGCACCGCCCACGGCGUCCCAUCUCCUCGAAUCCAAUGGCUCUGGCGUCCCUGCCCUCCUAAAGGCUUAUGUGAGGACCUGGCUUCCUCGUCCUCCUGGACCGCAGUGAGAGAGGGGACGGCAGUCACGUCCACCUACAAUCCCGUCCUGAGCGUCAGACACACACAGGAAGUGUUGCAAGGGAAGAACAAGACUAUAGGUACUUUAACAGUUGGCAAGGCAUUAAUAUCUGGCAUCUACCGCUGCGUGGCUUCCAACUCAGUGGGCACAGACGAACUGGACAUCCGCUUCUAUGUCACAGACGUCCAGGGAGGCUUCAGCGUCUCCGGGGACUCCGAGGAGGGGCCAAGGGAGGGCAGGGACCAUCACCUGUCCUGUGUGGCCAACAAGCACCUGUAUUCCAACAUGUCAUGGGUCAGAGUGACGGGCAACUCGACAGGCAGCCCAUCUCUGGUUGGAGAGCUGACGGAGGGAGAAUAUUCGCUCACACUGCGCUUGACGCUAGCAAACCUGACAGCGCAAGACUCUGGGAGGUACCGCUGCUCUGCCACACACCUGGUCACGGGGCAGCAGUCAUAUCAAGAGGAACUUGUGAUGGUUGCAGUCCUGGAGGCUCCAGUGCUGCUGCAGAACCUCAGCGAUUGCAGCGUGAACAUCAGCAACUCCGUGACCCUUCAGUGCCCUGCCAGUGGAGUGCCACGACCUCUGAUCACAUGGUACAAGGACCGGAGGAAGCUCAAGCAGGUGUCUGGUAUCAUGCUGGCGCCAGAAGAUGGCACUCUGCACAUUGACCGGAUCACUGCUGAGGAUGAGGGCAUGUAUACAUGUGAGGCCAGCAACGAGAGAGGAUCUGUAGAAAGCUCGGCCUACAUUUCAGUCGAAAAUUCGGAGUCGUUCUCCCUGGAGAUCCCCUUGUUGGCCUGCACCUGUGUGGUCGCCACGCUCUUCUGGCUGCUCCUAACGCUUCUCAUUCGCAAGCUCAGACAGCCGAACUCAAGAAACAGUAAGACAGAAUACCUGCCAAUCAUCCUGCACCAGGGGGAGGGGCCUCUCGACGAACACUGUGACAGGCUACAGUAUGACGCAGAAAAGUGGGAGUUCCCGCAGGAACGCCUUCAGCUGGAAAAGCCACUGGGACGAGGGGCGUUCGGCAGAGUGAUGCAGGCGUCUGCUUUUGGCAUCAGCAACUCAACCGGCUGCACCACAGUGGCCGUCAAAAUGCUAAAAGAGGGAGCCACACCGAGUGAGCACAAGGCACUAAUGACCGAGCUGAAAAUCCUCAACCAUAUCGGACAUCACCUGAACGUAGUCAAUCUCCUCGGGGCCUGCACCAGACCAGGAGGUCCUCUUAUGGUCAUAGUGGAAUACUGCAAGUAUGGCAACUUGUCCUCAUACCUGAGGAGCAAGAGGAACGUGUUCACUCUAAACAGGGUGAACGGAGAGAAGGAACAGGGACAGCAGGAUGAGUGUGGGAGCUGUGUGGAGAGCCAAAACAGUCAGAAAGACAGCGCUGGGUUGGAGGGUGAAAGAAAAGAGGAAAAUGAGGUGGAUAACGGUCCUGUCUUGUGCUCGAACACUCCUCUACAUCUAGAGGACCUGAUCUCAUACAGCUUCCAAGUGGCCAGAGGCAUGGAGUUCCUCGCUUCACGCAAGUGUAUACACAGAGACCUCGCUGCCCGAAACAUCCUCCUGUCAGAAAACAACGUGGUGAAAAUCUGUGACUUUGGGCUUGCUCGAGACCUUUACAAAGACCCUGAUUACGUGCGCAAGGGAGACGCUCGUUUACCGCUGAAAUGGAUGUCUCCGGAAUCGAUCUUCGACAAGGUCUUUACCACUCAGAGCGACGUCUGGUCUUACGGUGUUCUGCUCUGGGAAAUCUUCUCACUUGGGGCGUCGCCGUAUCCAGGACUGAACCUUGAUGAGGAGUUUUGCCACAGACUGAAACAGGGAACUCGGAUGCGCGCUCCAGAAUACAGCACUCCUGAAAUCUACAGCACAAUGCUGAUGUGCUGGGAGAAAAACCCGGCGGACCGACCCACCUUCACUGAGCUGGUGGGAAUGCUAGGAGAUCUUCUCCAGGCCCGCGUACAACAGGAUGGGAAGGAUUACAUCCCGGUCAACAUGUUCGUGUCAGGAGAGAGCGGUGCCGAACAUCUGGACUACAGAGACACACACCAAGGAAGCCCGUGCUACAUCAAUACCAAAAUCGAUUCUGUCGCUACAUUUGAAGAGGACCUGAACCGAGAAGGCCCAGAACAGGAUUCGCAGUCUGACAGUGGCAUGGUUCUCCCGUCUGAAGAGCUCAUUCAACUCACAUUUACUGACAAGCCCAAGACCAAAAAGAUAACCAGGUUCUUUUUGAAAAGCCAGCAACAGGACAAAACAUCGCCCGCUCCUGCUCUCCCCUGUGUGAGUGGCGCCCCCUGUGGCCAGGGGGAGAACAACGACAUCGCCGCCCCCUGUGGUUCUCCUCCUCCUGAUUACAACACUGCUCUGUUCUACUCUUCGCUUUAACACUCUCCUGAAUAUAACUGGGCCUUUAAUUAGUGUGCUUAUAGACAUGUUCAUAAUAUUUUUUACAUUUUUAUAAUAUUUUUCACAAAUUAUAAAAAAAUAAAAUAAAUUCGGACUCAUUAGCUUUAAACAAUAUAUGAGAUUUUGCCAAACCCCUCGAUUAAAAUAAAAUAUAUGCUAAUAAUAUACAAUCUUUAAUUAAUUAAAAAUAAAUAUGAAUCAUGAAUUCUUUAUU